UGCCUGGCCUAUACGCACGGUUGGUAGCCGUGUGCGUGCAGAGCGCGCCUGGCACGGCGUAAAUGUGUUUGGUGAAUGGCGUAGCGGGGGGCGGCCGCAGCGGAGGAGGAGGCGCCCCGGCGGUUUGGUACCGAGCGGAGAGGGAGAUGCACACGGCACUCGAGUGAGCUGCUGCAUUACCCCUCUAAUCCCCACUUCUCCAUGUCCCAACUUCUCUUUCCUUCUGACCCCCACCUGCUGUAAAGGAGGAGGAACUACUCCAGCUUUCCUCCAGCUACUGGAAAAGAAUAGAAACAGAGAUGAAGGUACACAUGCACACAAAAUUUUGCCUCAUUUGUUUGCUGACAUUUAUCUUUCAUCAGUGCAAUCAUUGCCAUGAAGAUGGACAUGACCAUAGCCCUGAAGAGAGUCAUGUACACAACCAUAAUGACUAUCAGAUCUCGGAGGCACCAUAUCUCCAGAAUGGAGGAGCGGAAUCUGCACCAAGUAAACUUUCAGUGCUGGAAGCUGAAAAUGAACAAAAAUACUACAUUGAAAAACUUUUUGACCAUUAUGGUCAAAAUGGAAGAUUGUCAUUUUUUGGUCUCGAAAAACUGCUAACAAGCCUUGGUCUUGGAGAGUUAAAAGUAGUGGAGAUUAAUCAUGAGGAUAUUGGCCAUAAUCAUGUUUCCCACUUGGAUGCUUUAGAAGUACAAGAAGGAAAGCAUUCUCAUUCUCAUAACCAUCCUCAUUCUCGUAGCCACUCAGGUCCAGAAAACCAAACUGUGAAUGGUGUAUCUACAAAGAGAAACCAUAAAUGUGACCCUGAAAAAGACACAAUAGAGUCAUCUGUGAAACCUGCCCUUAAGCGUGUUCAUGACAACAAUCGUCACCACCACCAUCAGCGUCAUCUGCAUCAUCACCUUGACCCUAAUGGUACUACUCAUAAUGAUUCAGUCAGUCAGAGCGAACAUGGAGAGCCAAGCCAUGAACCUUCAACAGAGACAAACACUACCCAGGAACAACCUGAGAGAAAACUACAGAAACAUAAGAAGAGACGAAAGGGAAAGAAAUUCAGUGAAACAUCAGUAGAUACUGUACAAGGUUUUGCUCAAGACCAUGAUCCAAGUGAUCAGUAUGAGCACAAUCAUGUUCAUAAACAUGAUCAUGUACACGAUGCAUCUCACUCACAUGUACACAUUCAUGAACACGAUACUGACCAAGCCACCGGUCAUGGACACCAAGAUCCUAAUCCAGGUAACGAGGAUGGACAUCGCCAUACCAACAAGCGUGAAGCUCCUCAUAAACGGAUUAGUGUAAGAAAACAUGCUAUCUUUUCAACGCAUAGUCACAAGGAUCACAGUGAGGAUGAACAUCAGCAUGAAGAGUGUUUAAAUGUCACUCAACUACUGCGGUACUAUGGUCUUGGAACCAACUCUCCAAUAUCUCCUGACUUGUUUACGUACCUGUGCCCUGCAUUGCUGUAUCAGAUUGACAGAAGACUUUGUAUUGAGCAUUAUGAUGAUUUGCUGGUUGAAGACAUGAAGAAAGAUAAAAGUGAAGCAGCUAUGAAUAAAGAUAAAAUAGGUGCAUCAGCCUGGCUUUGUGGUAUCAUUUCUAUCACUGUCAUUAGCCUGCUCUCCUUGCUAGGCGUGAUCUUGAUACCCAUCAUUAACCAAGGGUGCUUCAAAUUCCUUCUAACCUUCCUGGUUGCCCUGGCCGUUGGAACACUGAGUGGAGAUGCUCUACUCCAUCUGUUGCCACAUUCGCAAGGAGGCCAUAACCACAGUCACCAUGAGGACCAUGGUCAUAUUCACGAACACAGGCAUUCUCAUGGACAUUCCCAUGGGCAUGGAACAGGAACUGAAAGCUUUCUGGAAAAAUAUGAUGCAGUAUUGAAAGGGCUCGUAGCUCUUGCAGGCAUUUAUCUUUUGUUCAUCAUUGAACACUGUAUAAGAAUGUUUAAGCACUACAACAAACAAAAGUUUUGUUACAAACUAGACACUGACAGUUAUCUGUUUCAGUCUAAACAGAAGUGGUGCAAGAAAAAACAGAAGACUGAAGAAUCACCAAUUGGAAGGAAGCUUUCAGAACACAAACUGAAUAAUAGGCCAAAUGCUGACUGGCUUCAGCUCAAACCCCUGGCAGGUGCAGAUGACUCAGUUGUAUCUGAAGAUCGACUUAAUGAAACUGAACUAACUGAUCUAGAUGGCCAGCUGGAAUCCCCUCCUAAAAAUUUUCUGUCUGUCGAAGAUGGAAACAACAUACACCAUUCUCACAAUGACGUCUCUCACUCUGUUCACGACCAUGAUCUUCAUGAUACAGAAUAUGAUGACAACCAUGGAGAGGAUAAAAUAGCUAGGAAACAUAACCAUCACUGGCAUCACAAACAUUCCCAUCAUUCUCAUGGUCACUGCCAUUCUGGAAAGGACCUGAAAGAUACUGGGAUUGCUAAUAUAGCUUGGAUGGUAAUUAUGGGAGAUGGCAUCCACAAUUUUAGCGAUGGUUUAGCAAUAGGAGCAGCUUUUAGUGCCGGACUGACAGGAGGAAUUAGUACAUCUGUAGCAGUGUUUUGUCAUGAGCUUCCCCAUGAAUUAGGUGAUUUUGCCGUGCUGCUUAAAGCAGGUAUGACAGUAAAGCAAGCCAUUGUGUACAACCUCCUGUCUGCUAUGAUGGCUUACAUAGGGAUGCUGAUAGGCACAGCUGUUGGACAGUAUGCCAAUAAUAUCACUUUAUGGAUCUUUGCAAUCACCGCGGGCAUGUUCCUUUAUGUUGCAUUGGUAGAUAUGCUUCCAGAAAUGCUUCAUGGAGAUGGCGAUAAUGAAGAACAUGGAUAUUGUCCAGUGGGGCAAUUCAUUCUCCAGAAUUUAGGCUUGCUCCUUGGAUUUGCUAUCAUGCUGGUGAUUGCACUGUAUGAAGAUAAAAUUGUGUUUGACAUCCAGUUUUGACCAUUUCCAGGAACUGCUGUGUUCCAAUGUUACUGUAUGGCUUUAAGUCUGCACUGUUGUACUGUAUGCACAUUGCUCAGCGAAAAGGCAGUGGCUUGCACUACUACACAAGUACAGUCUAUUUGUUUCCACAUAGAUUAACUUUUGCUGCUUGCUAACUAAAAUAAGACAUGGUGCACAUACUGUACCUUCCAAACUCAAGUGACAGGACUUAAGUCGGAAACGUUGCAUAUGAAAAGACAAAGUUGUGUGUGCUGUACAUGAAGCAUUGUGCAACUGUUUACAAAUCAGCAUGCAGCGAAAGAUCUAGUCUGUCCUGGAAAUGUCUUUUCACAUUACAGUUGAACAGAAUCUAAAAAACAUUAAAGGUGAAAUCCAUCCCUCUGCAAAUGGGCCUGCACAAGGUCUUUGUGCUAUGUAAUUCCCACAUAAGGCUUACAUGCCAUGUAUACCUCAUGCUGGCCCUCUGCACAAUGGUGGAUGUUACUCUAAGACAAUUAAAUGCUACACUUAGCACCUGACUGGAAAAACUGUGCUUUUUUAAAUUUAAAAAAAUCUGUUUAAAACAUGUUGAUACACACAUUAAACUGCAUUUCAUCGUUCUAAAGUUUGUGUUUAAGGAGGCCGACUGUUGCAGUAUGCACAGGUCUGUGUAAUCGGCUGCAAAGAGCUAUAUUCCAUUGAGGAUCAGUUUUCCUGAUGAAGAUUUAUUUGAUGUUAGCUCCUUGCUAUUGGUAGGAAAAUGAAGUAGAGUUAGUAUUAAUUUGGGGAAGUCCCUGAUGUCAGAAGGUUAAUGGGCUAUUCCUGAUCCUUUGCUUGAGAAGCUAAACAUGCUGAAUAUUGGGUGCCACUUAACCUAAACUACUGAUAAAUUGUGGCUGUGUGUUUGUGCAAACGCACCUCUAACAAAGGAUCCAUAAUGGAAUUUCUCAGUUUUAACAAUUGAAUUUAUUUUGGGAUUCAAAUUUUUUCUCCUUUUUACAGUAAUAGCUUCUGAAAUCCAAUGUACUGAACCCACGUACAAAGAUUAUAUUAAAAAAAAAUGCCCUGUAUAUAUAGUACUGGUGGGUCAUUUACAAUGCUGUAAUAUCAGGUCUGAAUGUAUUACUUCCAUGCCCUGGCAUCAGAGUUUAUAGCACCAGCCAUUGCAGGCAAUAGACUGUGUGCUAGAAGAUUCUCACUUCCAGCAAAAAAGGAGUUAAUAUUUUUUAACAUUUGUUAGAUCUUGGGUAUCUAGGGUAUAUAAAUGCAGCUUUCAUUAAAUUACCGGUACGUGUGAGUUGAGAGGAUAGGGUGAACUAUCAAAAUCCUUAAACUGAUUCUAGCAGGUUACCUUUGCUUACUGCCAAGAUGCUUGUAUUGCCAGAUGUAAAUUAGUUUCCUUUCUCCCCUGCUGUCCUACUAAAAUUGUGAAUUUGUGUGAUGUACAAGCCCUGUUAAUUCUGCAGUCUGACUUGAUAAUCUAGGACCAAUCCUAAGCAUGGUGGUGGUCUUCUUUUAACUUACUGUUCUAGUUUUCAUUUUUAUGUAUGCCAGGUAAGCUGUAUUUUGCUGCACACUGUCAAGUUUUGUUUCAGUCUGCUUAGCAUCAGUGUAGCUGCUAAAAUUGCAUUGGUUUAACAUCUGAAUGAGCCAGUCAGCAGCAUCAUUCUGGUUUAAAAUUAAUCUGUGUUCCUGUUCCUUUUGACCCUUCAGUUUAGCGAUAUAGUUGUUCCUUUUUCUCAGCCACUCCUGCCAGUAUUUGUUCCUAAUGCAGUAUCAAGGAACUUGCAUAUACAGUAUUAAGUGUCCAUUCUAUGAAAGGCAUGGCUUCCUCAGUGAAGACGUCAAAGUCAAGGGUACAAUUCUGCAGUCCUUGGUGCACAAAACACACUGAAGUCAGCUGGAAUUUUGCACAUAAAAACACUAGAUCAGACCCUAAUUAGCACAGACAUCAUCUCAUUUAAUGUUUAGAGUGGAUUUUUGUAACAAAUAUGCUAGGUAAAAUGUUCAAAAGCAAUUAAUGACUUAGGAGUAUAAAGAUAUGUCUGCACUGCUGUUGUGUAGACACUUGCUACAGUGAUGGUUUUUCUGUCACUGGUAAAUCAAGAGGCAGUGGUUAGGUCACCAGCAGAAUUCUUUUGUCAAUAUCUGCCUAGAUCUGUCUAACUACGUCUCUUAUUUCACACCCUUGACCAAUGUAGCUAGGUCAAGCUAAGUUUUAGGCGUAGAACAGACUUUAGGAGCAUAAGUGCCACUGAAUGUCAAUGAGACGAAGGUCCAGCCACUCAAAGGUAUUUAGGUGCCUAACUCCUGUUGAAAUCAAUGGGAGUUAGGCCCCGAUCCUCAAAGGUAUCAAGGGGGGUAAGUGCCCAAUUCACAUUUGAAAAUGGUACUAAGGUACUAACUUUCCAGAAGACCUUUUUCCCACGUGGAAAAACAUGGUCAUAUUAAAGCAUUAGGUAUUGCAUUUUCCACUAAGAAUGGAAUUUGUUUCCUUGUUUGUUACUAUUUAUUGUGAUUGUGAAGAGCAAUAUAACAGCUGUGGCUUCUUCUGUAGGUUUCCACCAGUGUUUAAUUUCAAACCAAUUCAGUGUAGUUUUAUGUCAAGUUACAGACUAUCUGAAUUUCAGUAUACUUGGCUUCAACAUUCCAUUCGGCUUGAAUACAGUCUCAUUUAACAUGUAUUCGUUGGAGGGCAUAAAUGUUACUUGUAUAUUACAAUGCUGUCACUGUGUGACAUCCCAUAUGAAUUUUGAUGUAGAUCACAUUGCACUCAAUCAGCAGUGAUUACGCUUAGAAAAUACUGUAGUAGCUAGAUGCAGUGUGAAUUUUUUCCAUUAUGGUUUAUAGUUUAAAAAUGUGAUUAUGGUCCUACAAGAUACUUGCUGAGCUAUAAAUCUUUUUUUGUUAAACUAAAUCAUUUAAAUAAUUUUUAUAAAGCUGGGAAUGAUCAAAUGCUGUUUUGUUCAUUGUCAGCAGUGUUGUGUUCAUUUUAUGUAUGUUCCUUAUUUAUAAGGAGCUUCAGAAAAUAAAAUUAUUCAAGGAGCAAA